AGGAAGAAAAAGUUUCUUUACAUUAAUAAAUCAAUUAUCAUGCUUUACUUGUAAUAGUCAUCUGGAGCAUGACUCUUUCAAAGUUUGGUAAAUGAAAUGAGAAGUCAUUUGUCAUAUUAUACUUAGUCAACACUGUGCUGCUGGAAAGAGUGUAAAAGUCCACAAAAGUUUAUUUUGAAGAUUAAUUAGAUAAUAGGACAUUAAAUAAGCUUUUGUGAGGCCCCUCUCCGUGUUGACUGGGCAAAGAUAGUCAGAGACAAAGAUGUAAGGAUUUUAUUGUAGUUUUCUUUACACAACGAGAAGCUGUAAAUCAAAAGAAAAUCACAACAGCAGGCAUUAAUGAAACAAAGAGGAUUCCAAAUUUUUUCUUAGAUUUGGCUUCGUUUACAAGCAAUGAUUGCAGAACAAAGACUACAUAUUCCUGUCCUCCUCACUUAUUUCCUCUUCUAUUCGUCUCAGUUUGCUGUAUCCCAAAUUUCCUGGAACUUGAAUGCCAGUCUUUUGAAUUCCACUGCCGGACUUUCCACUUUCUGGACAAACAGGCCGACACUUUUAGUUAAUUCCACCACUGACUUCUCGCGUUUGGCACCCAUACUUCUGCGAAGAAAUGCCAGUUCACGAUUCCUCUGUGGCUUCUACUGCAAUUACAAUGCUACAGAAUGCUUUUUUGGUGUCCUCUUGUUCCAGAAAAGAUCCUACGGGCAGAAUGAUGUGAUAAAUUUCCCCCAGUUAGUUUGGUCAGCUAACAGGAACCAUCCAGUGAAAACCAAUGCAACCUUGCAACUAAGACAAGAUGGCAACUUGGUCUUGGCAGACUUUGAUGGCACUCUUGUUUGGUCCACUAAUACUACUGGCAAAUCCGUUUCAGGCUUAAACUUGACAGAGAGAGGGAAUCUCGCGCUCUUUGAUAAGAGAAAACGCGCAAUUUGGCAGUCUUUUGAUCAUCCAACAGAUUCUUUGCUUCCGGGGCAGAGUUUGGUUCACGGGCAGAAGCUCAUAGCAAGUGUUUCAGCAUCCAAUUGGAGUCAAGGUUUGCUUUCUCUUACUGUUCUCAAUGGAAGCUGGGCUACUUACAUAGAUUCUGACCCACCUCAGUUUUACUAUGCUUCAACUUAUUCCUAUAGUCCUUACUUCAGUUUUGACAGUCAAACCUUUACUGCUUUACAAUACCCUACUACAUCGACAGCUCAAUUCAUGAAGCUUGGGCCUGAUGGACAUUUAAGGGUAUACCAAUGGGACGAACCUGAUUGGAAAGAGGCAUCUGACAUUUUGAUGUUAGAGGUAAAAAACUGUGAGUACCCGAUGGUGCGUGGUAGAUAUAGCAUUUGCACAAAUAACGGGCAAUGUACUUGUCCGCCGGAAGAAAAUAUAUUCAGGCCAUUUUCUGAGAGGAAACCAGAUCUUGGAUGCACAGAGCUGACAUCCAUUUCUUGUGAUUCUCCACAGUAUCAUAGUCUCGUAGAGCUCAAGAAUACCGCAUAUUUUGCAUUUCCGUUCAGUCAUGAACUAAGUUCGAGCAUAUUUUGGCCUGAGGGGAAAAAGUUGGAAGAUUGCAAAAGGGCCUGUCUGAGUAACUGUUCUUGCAAAGCUGCAGCUUUUCAAUAUGAUUGGGGUACAGAUCAAAGAGGGAGUUGUUUGUUACUGAAUGAAGUCUUCUCUCUCGUAGACAAUGAGGACGGAAUGGACAAGAGAGUAUUUCUUAAGGUGAAGAAUUCCUCAAAGGCACAGAAUCAGUCUCCAAUCAUUUCUGGAGGAAGGGAAUCAAGACCUUAUAAAGUGAUAAUAGGAUCUACUCUUUCAGCUUUGUUCGGGAUCAUUUUAUGUAUCACUACUUGCUUUGUUAUUUUCAAAAAGCGGACGCAUAAGUCCCGCAAGGCUAAGGAUUUUCUGGAUCUAGAGCCAAUCUUACCUGGAAUGCUAACUCGAUUCUCUUACAAUGAGUUGAAAAUAAUUACAAAAGAUUUCAGCACAAAGCUUGGGGAAGGAGGAUUUGGCUCUGUAUAUGAGGGAACACUGAGUAAUGGAACCAAAAUAGCUGUGAAGCAUCUGGAUGGUCUAGGUCAUGUAAAGGAUACAUUCUUAACAGAAGUUAACAUAGUUGGUGGUAUUCACCAUGUCAAUUUGGUAAAACUCAUUGGAUUUUGCGCCGAGAAAAGCUACAGGCUUCUUAUCUAUGAGUACAUGGUAAAUGGAUCAUUGGAUAGGUGGAUUUCCCAUGAAAAUGGGCUUGCAUGGCAUACGAGGCAAAGGAUAAUAUCAGAUAUUGCCAAAGGGUUAGCUUAUCUUCAUGAUGAAUGCAGCCAGAAGAUAAUUCAUUUGGACAUCAAACCACAAAACAUCCUUCUAGAUCAAAAUUUCAGUGCUAAAAUAUCUGAUUUUGGUUUGUCGAAACUGAUCGAGAAAGACAAAAGCAAAGUUGUAACUAGAAUGAGAGGAACACCAGGGUAUCUUGCCCCUGAAUGGGUGAGCUCAGUAAUCACUGAGAAAGUUGAUGUGUAUGCUUUUGGAAUUGUGCUCUUGGAACUCCUCUGUGGGAGAAAGAAUUUGGAUCGGUCCCAAGCUGAUGAAGAAGAUGUCCAUUUGGUUAGUGUUUUUAGGAGAAAAGCGGAAGAAGAGCAGCUCAUGGAUAUGGUUGAUAAAAACGAGGAUAUGCAGCUCCACCAUGAAGCAGUAAUAGAAAUGAUGAGCAUUGCUGCGUGGUGUCUACAGGGAGAUUUCACAAAGAGGCCUUCCAUGACAUUGGUGGUUAAGGCGCUGGAAGGUUUGGUGUCAGUUGAAACCGACUUGGAUUACAACUUCACUAACAUACCUCAGGUUGGGGCAGGCAACCAACAGAGGGAAGCCACUAUCAGUUCUAAACUGCCUUCAGUUUUAUCUGGACCAAGGUAAACAAUAGUUUUAAGAUUUUUAAUCUUCGAAAGAACCAAUUUAUGGUUUUGUAAUGUCAGAUGUCGCGAAGUUCCAAUUCUAACAUAAUGUUUUGAGGUGUAUGACAUUAUAAUUCAGGAAAUGUAAUGUUUUUGUUACUUCUGCA